AGUCCUCAUCAGCCUGUUGGUGAAGUCCUGUGAGCACCGACAUGAUAUACCAGACCACCACCAGUUCGGACGAGGACCUCUCGUUGUACAGAAGCUCGGGGUGAUCGUUGUUGCCAACGAGAUGAAGGAGUUACGAGGAAUUAUUCUCUUAGCAUUGUUCAUAUUCGUCGGGAAGUCGGCUGGCUUGGCGCGCCGGUAUAACACCCACCAACUUCGCCAGUUCAACGCAGGAGGAGAUGUGUAUUACGUUCCGGUAGGCGAGGGUGACAAGGGCAACGUCAACUUAGGUCUAGUAUGUAAAUAUCCUAAUGUUGGCUACACGGAGAACGCCGAAUUCACCUGUACACACAGCGGGUGUCGGCUUCAGUGUGAUCGAGGGUACACAAUGGACACUGGUCGGAGGCUGUACAUCAACUGCGACUCCAGCACAGGUAUCCUAACUUUAGACGGUCAGCCAUGGGAUGAAAAUCUUCCUCCGUGCUUGCCUCGGUGUAACAAAGGCUGCGACGAGGGCUGGACUUGCGUGGCCCCGAAUAAGUGCGAGAAAGAUGCCGUUAAGGAAACUCCGACCAACGUCCUCGACUACGACUUCGGCUUCGGUUGCGACGCGCCCUGCCAGAACGGAGGAACCUGCAUCGACUUCAUAGGGGAGUGUAACUGCCCCGAAGGAUACACCGGAGAAGUGUGCCAGACCCAUAUAUGUACUGCUCCCGCUGAAGCACCAGACCACGCCACCAUUAGUGCUACUAAUACCCUGACGAGGAUGAAGAUAGAAUGUGAAACAGGCUUCAAAAUGAAGAGUGGUGCAACCACCCAAGGGUUCAAGUGCCACCACGGAAUCUGGAUAUCCGAGGACAAGCAACAGAGUUAUGACGCUGACGACCUUGGCUGUUCUGCUUGAUGAUAUGACGAAGCAGACAUCCAUUGCUAGAGAAUGUUACGCAGACUCCCAGACAUUCAAGUUCAACUUGAUGCAUAAACAAGAAUGCACGGAAAGCAUAUAAGCCUAGAAGCCUAUAUAGUUCCCUUCCUGUUCAAUAUAGUACUUCACGUGUUUCUGUAUGAUUAUGAUACUGCAAGGUCUUCUGGUGUAAUUUAUAAUCAAUGAUGAAUUAUGGAAAUGCAGUCAAGAAACAUUUAAUUUAAGCUGCUGUCCUUGUUCUAGUCAUAAGUAUUUUUUCAAUAAUUUUGAAGUAACCUUGCAUGUUCUUUAGGAAUGAAGUUUUGAAGUAAUUAAUUUUUUUUAAAUAUCUUUGUUGUUUCCUGGCUACUUAACUCUUUAUUUGUCCAUAGGCCUAUCUGUAUUUAUGCUUUAGAUGGAAUAUUUGUGUAAGAAAUCUUAAAUAUUUCCUAUUUUGUUAUUUUUUUCAUUCUUUAUUGCUAUGUACAUCUAAGCACAAUCAUCACUUUGAAUUCUUGCUUUAAAAGGUAGCCAGUGAUUCAUUAUUAUCUCUGUUAAUAUGUUGAUUAAAGCUCUAACUUAUUCCUUUGAUAUGAUUGGCCAUUGCAGAGGUUUUUGCAAACGGCAUAUAGCCUGUUAUGUAAAAGUGUUUUAAUCUACCUUUUCAUAUGCAUAGUUAUAAAGGCUACCUCCUUUAGAUGAUAUAUCAUUGUUCCACUUAAACUGCAUUUAAUAAAAGAUUGAUAUAUUUA